AUGGGCGGCAUUAAGAGGAAAGCGGGAAGUGAUGCGCCUUACAGACCGGCGGAGAAGAAGGUCGCAUCCCUCUCAUUGACGGCAAAGAAGGCUGCACCAUCCUUACAAUCGAAGAAGGCGGCUCCGGCUGCAUCGCAAGCAAAGAAAGGAGGACCAGGCCGCGUGUUGAAGGGCGGCAAGAAGUUGCUCGGCAACAAGAUUACACAAUCGAACGCAUCUAAGUCGCCGCUUCUUGCGCUUUCAGCAGAAAUUCGUAACCGCAUCUGGGACCUCGUAUUGUCCAAAGGCACAAUCCACAUCAACGCCAGUCCAGGCAAGCGUGGAACUCGUCGGACCACUGCUCACGGCAUCGAUUACCCUACCUAUACUGGCCGACGCUACAAUCUCGCUCUUUUGGAGAGUUGUCAGCAGAUUCGCCUAGAAGCGGCAUUGCUGCCCUUCGAGCUCAAUACCUUCUCGUUUCGCAAUUCGAAAGACCUCGACCACUUCACAGUGACACGCAUUCUCGGCCAGAAGAAGGCCAUUCUCAGCAUCACACUCGGCGGUAGCCUUAAGCCCGGCUGGAUCAAGCUGGUCGAGAAGAUGCCGAACUUGGAGGAUCUUACCUUCUUCUACCAGAAGUUCGCGACCAUCAGGAAUGAGAGCGACCGCUUCAAGGUGAUUCGAGGCAAACUGAUUGAGAUCUUCCUGGCGUUGCAACCACUCGAUCUGAUUCGUGUGACCACUGCCAUCUGCUUUGGCGACCCGACACGCGCGUACACGACCCCGAAGCAGUUGAAGCCGCUCUACGCGGAGCUGGAGGCCAUGAUCGCCAGCGAGCAGCAGAGCGACGGGGUGGAAGAGAACGAAGCUGUAGUAGCGCGGAAGUAG